AUGCUGACUGCUGGCAAGGCACGGAGGCAGCUCGCCUUCGCUGAAACCGCGAGGCGCAGAUGGCCAAACUUCGGCGAGUUGUGGACUGAGGAGGUCCCGCAGUGGAGCACUCCCAAGGUGGACCUGAAGUGUGACUUCUGGAAAAGCGGGAACAAGCGCUACUUGGAGGCUUUGCGUCGCUACGUGCGUGGCCUCGCCUCAGAUGCGGACAUGCGCGCGAAGAUGCAGCUGCUGUCCGAUCUGGGCUUCCGACUCAUUGAAAGCUUUGUCUCCGAGGAGGAAGAGUCGGAUCUGAUGAACUACUGGAGUGCCGAUGGCCCAGUUUUCGCCUUGGGCACCGAAGAGAAACGGUCCAGGCGCAGAUUCUUCAACUAUGGUCCCAUACUGCCCAAGGAGACGCAAGGAACGACCAAAUCCACCUUGCACGUGAUUCCGAGCGUCUUCGGCGCGAUGCCGCCUGUGGUUGAGAAGCAAAGGCUCCAAGCACGGAUCCGCGAGUCAUCGCCGGUCGCGCCAGAGGCGGAGGACGACUUCGACCAGAUGUACGUCAAUUUCUACGACUCAUCGAUUAACAGUCAUAUCGAUUACCAUCAUGACCACAUGUCAUGCAUGAAGGGGACGGUGGCUGGCGUUAGCCUGGGCUCCGCCUGCAGGCUUCGGCUGAGACCUCUAGAGUUUCGCGUCGCUGACGAAGCUCUGUGCAUCGAUCUCCCCAGCCGUUCCCUCUUCUUCUUGAGCGGCCUCUCCCGCUGGCACCUGCAGCACGCUAUCAUGGACAUGAGGCAAGACCGACUCUCCCUGACUUUCCGGACGGUGGAUCGGUCCGGAAGCCGUUCGCAGCUCUGGAACCGCAGCUGGGCACAGCUUCGUGGAGCUGAGGCAGCGAAUGCUCUAUGGCCUUUGGUAACUCCAGAGGGAUGGGAGUUGCACCGCCUGGAGCGUUGGAACUGGCGUUCCGAAGAGCCCGAAAGUCACAGUUACUACCGCGUCCGACGCUCCAAGGGCCCAGAGAAGGCUGCGGAUGGGAGCGGGAACUCUUCCAAGGUCGCCAACGGGACGCAGGGCGAGGCCGUCGCCUACAACGGCGCCGCAGAGUGGGCGACUCCCUCCCGGCUCGAGGACCUGGGCCACUUCUUUGAGGGCAAGUCUGCGGGCCGUCAGAAGGGCCGGGGGCGCAGCUUCUACCGCGUCGGGGGGCCCAGGGUCCGAGACUCGUAG